CCCCUCCCACUAAUACAGGACGACAACAGCUUGUUGACGACGUUUCAGUGUGUCAGCAGGAUAUAAGCUAAAUACAUUGAAAGAACAUUAGCACUAAAGCUUAAAUAUCUCGUCUUUUUCUCGAUAUGUUUUAAUAUUAAACAAGUCGGUCUGAAAAUCGCGGGUACCAUCGAGCUUGCCAUAUAAAACUAACGUUGCUAGCUGGCAAAUAAGCGUCUCCAGCGCUAUAGCUAGUUUGCUACAUGCAUUGUAGAUAAAGAGAACCGAACGCCUACCCAGCUUAUUUUGAUGUUUAUCAAUUUUUUUAUGGAACGGCCGUUUAAUUGUGUAUAGCUUGCGAGUUCCACAUAUUCAGUCUGCCGGUGUGGCGAAGCAGAUCACCAUGAACUGCCGUUCUGAGGUCCUCGAGGUGUCGGUGGAGGGAAGACAGGUUGAUGAGGCCAUGUUGGCUCUAGUUCACACUAUUCUACUGCAUCGCAGCACUGGGAAAUUUCACUACAAGAAAGAGGGUACCUACUCCAUUGGCACUGUUGGUACACAGGACAUUGACUGCGACUUCAUUGAUUUUAGUUUUGUUCGUGUUUCUUCCGACGAGCUUGACAGGGUAAUCAGGAAAGCAGUAGGAGAAUUUAAGGAUGCCAUGGGCAAUGGGACUGAUGGCAUGGGACAAAUCUCACUGGAGUUCUACCAGAAAAAGAAAUCCCGUUGGCCUUUCUCUGAUGAGUGUAUUCCAUGGGAGGUCUGGAGCAUCAAGGUCAAUGUGGUCAACCUGGCCAAUGAACAGGAGAGACAAAUCUGCCGGGAGAAGGUUGGUGAGAAACUGGGUGAGAAGGUGAUCAACAUAGUGGAGGUGAUAAACCGGCAUGAGUACCUGCCCAAGAUGCCCACCCAGUCGGAAGUGGACAAUGUGUUUGACACCAGCCUCAAAGACGUCCAGCCUUACCUGUACAAAAUUACUUUCCAAAUCACUGAUACACUGGGGACCUCAGUGAGCACCACCAUGAGAAGGCUAAUAAAAGACACCUUAGCACUGUGAUUGAGCCUUAAAAUGAUGUUCAUCUUAUACAAAUGGCUGUGGAUAGCCUGGUUCCAUUUUUGCCAGUUUUUGCCAUCUUGCCAUCUCUGAGGGGUGUGACCAUAGAAUGCCCAUAAAAGUCAAUAUAGGACAAACAGAUCUGGGACCAGGCUAGGGUGUGAGCUUUAUUUAAUAUGGCACGUUAUUGCUUCAUAGACAUGGGCAUUUGCAGGCCCACAGGUGUCUUAACUAUUUCUUAGAAUUUCUGAUAGUACACUUUCAUUUUCACCAUAUGAUAUGUAUUCAGAAAGUUAAAUCAGUUUCAUUCACAUUUGUAAGAAGUGAAUAGGGUCCUCUAUCCCUAUUAUUUCUCUAAAUCCUGUCAACAAUAAACAUGGUCUUCUACAAACAAUAGUACAAAGUAAAACAUUGUCAAAUACAAUUAUUGCAUUGGAUUUUGAAUGAACAAAGUGCUCCAAGUAGCAUGUCUGUCUGAAACAUGUUUUCAUUUAAUAACAGUUUUAUGGAAUUUUAAUUAUUUUGAAAGUAAUUUGGUUUAUUUGGUUACAGUAGCUUCUGUUAUAAGAUCAUGUGCAAAAAAAUUAUGUGCUUAACAAUGUUUCCUUUUUGAAAAUAAAUAAUACAUUUCA